AUGAAUUUCAGUCAAAGUGGGAUCUCUGGAAGCACACAGUUCUGUUAUGAAUCUACACUUGGGUCAUGUCCUAAAAUCACCUUUCCAAUCAUUGCCCGUGUUCCACUGUACUUGUUCCUGGGGGCAGCGAUCACAGUCACGGUUUGUGGAAACCUGCUGGUCAUCAUCUCCAUAGCACAUUUCAAGCAGCUUCACACACCCACACAUUUUCUUCUCCUCUCUCUGGCAGCUGCUGACUUUCUCCUGGGAGGAUUUGUAAUGCCUCCCAGCAUGAUCCGAUCGGUUGAAAAGUGCUGGUAUUUUGGGGACUUACUUUGCAAAGUCCACACCAGUACAGAUAUCACACUUAGCACAGCUUCCCUAUGGAAUAUGUUCUUCAUUUCCAUUGACCGCUACUAUGCAGUGUGCCAUCCUCUUAGAUACAGAAACAAAAUUACUGUAUUUGUUACAGUUAACAUGAUAUUCAUUAGCUGGACCUUAGCUGCAGUUAGUGGAUUUGGAUUAAUAUUUCUAGAAUUAAACAUACAAGGUAUGGAAGAUUCAUCUGAUCAUUUAGACUGUGUAGGAGGUUGCUUUCUGGUUCAAAGUGCUGCAUCAGCCAUUACUUCAUCCUUAGUUUUUUUUUACAUUCCAGGAUUUGUUAUGAUGUCUAUCUAUCUUAAAAUAUUCCUUGUGGCAAGAAAACAGGCCAGGUCAAUUAGAGACACAGCAUUCCAAAGGCAAACAGCUGAAGAAAAUAAAAAUGCAACAUCACUAAAGAGAGAAAUGAAAGCUGCAAGGACCCUGGGGAUAACAAUGGGGGUCUUUUUAGCCUGUUGGUCACCAUUUUUUGCAUGCUUUAAUGUGGAUCCUUUCAUUAAUUACUCAACUCCACCUAUUUUAGUGGAUGUUGUGGUCUGGUUCGCUUAUCUAAACUCUGCGUUUAAUCCUUUUAUUUAUGCUUUAUUUUAUAAUUGGUUCAGAAAAGCAUUCAGAGUUAUUAUAUUUGGCAAAAUCUUUCAAAACAAUUCUUCCAGUAUACAAUUGUUAACUAACUAA